GAAAAAUCGACCACCCAAAACACAGAACCGAGAGUGAAAAUCAAAAAAUAGAAGAAAUAUCAUGGAAUAUCCUAUUAUUUCAUGCAUUCAGAAAGUUAUUCUUUAUGAAACCAAAGCAAGGUUUUACAUUGUUGGCUCCAACUCCACAGAGAGCAGAUUCCGAGUUUUGAAGAUUGAUAGAACGGAACCAAAAGAAUUAGUCAUUCAUGAUGAUAAGGUGGAAUACAAUAAGCUGGAAGUAAGAAACCUUCUAACAAUGAUUAAAUCUGGUAACCUGACACAAGAAAGUAAGAAGACUGAUUCCGCUCUCAUAAAAACAGUGUCUGCAUUUGGGAUAGCAGGAUUUGUGAGGUUCCUUGAGGGAUACUAUAUCAUUUUGAUAACAAAGAGACGUAAGGUAGCCCUUAUUGGGCCCCAUGUUGUGUACAAAAUAGAGGACACUACCAUGAUGUACAUCCCUAAUGAUACAGUCAGAAAGGCUCAUCAUGAGGAAAGCAGGUAUGUGAAGAUGUUCCAAAGCGUAGACAUGUCAGACAACUUUUACUUCAGUUAUAGUUAUGAUCUGACACACCGACUUCAGUACAACAUGACAUCUACACUACCACCAGACUUACCUCAACAGGGGCCAGCACCUCCACCGACUGUAUUUGGAGUGAGGUCAAAACCAGCAGAGAAAUAUGUCUGGAAUUCCUACCUCCUACAGAAAUGUCGGGAGGUGGUUCAUCCAGACUGGCUACUGUUCCUGAUCCAUGGAUUUGUGGACCAAAAGACUUGUUGCCAGGGUUAUGUGGCUAACGAGGUGGAGUCAGAACAGAUCGUGAUUGACAGCUCGGUGACCUUUCUGGAGAAGACGGGCGUGACCUCCUUUGUACAGAUGAGGGGCUCCAUCCCUCUCUACUGGUCACAGGAUGUCACAAAGAUGGUCCCAAAACCACCCAUUACUUUGGAUCAGAGUGACCCCUAUGCUGGAGCGGCCGGCCACCAUUUUAAUCAGAUGCUGGGUCGGUAUGGCUGUCCAAUCAUCAUUCUCAACCUGGUCAAGAGGAGGGAAAGAAGAAAACAUGAGAGUAUACUGACCGGGGAAUAUAAAUCUACCAUCAACUAUUUAAACCAGUUCCUACCGCCAGAACACAGGAUCCGAUAUAUAGGGUUUGAUAUGGCCCACAUAAGUAAAAGUAAAACAACCAAUGUCUUGGUGCGAUUGUCCCAGAUUGCCAGGAAGUGUGUCAAAAUGACGGGGUUCUUUGUUCACAUGCCACGACCGGUCAGUGAGGACUUCUGGAAAACAGCAGAGUUCAGAGGACUGCAGGGACAGAAGACAGACUGGGGGUGUAGACAGACGGGGGUGGUACGCACAAACUGUGUAGACUGCCUAGAUAGAACCAACACAGCACAGUUUGCUAUAGGGAGGUGUGCCCUGGGCUACCAGUUGUUUGCUCUUGGUGUGAUCUCCAGCCCAGACCUGGAGUUUGAUACAGACUGCCUCAAAGAUUCUUCUCACAAUUCUCUAGAUGUAAUGCUAGAGCACCUGUACGAGGCUCAUGGUGACACUAUAGCCCUGCAGUACGGGGGUUCUCAGCUGGUCCACAGAAUCGAGGGCUACAGGAAAAUAGCCCCCUGGACCUCCCACUCCAAGGACAUCAUGCAUACCCUCUCACGAUACUACAGCAACACAUUCUCAGACCUGGAGAAGCAGACAGCUACCAAUAUAUUCCUGGGUCUGUACUCACCAGAGGAGGGGAAACCUAACAUCUGGGAGCUACCUACUGACUUCUACCUCCACAAUAAAGGUGUCAGGGCCGUACUGGAGUAUUUAUGUUAUAGUUUCACUCAGUGGUGGGAGGUGCUAGUUUACAGAUCUUUACCUUUACCUUAUGAGGAAGAGAAGAAGCCGACAGACUGCACCAUUGUUGCCGUGGCGCCUGGUGAGGAAUGUGUAGAUAGUUACUAUGACUACUACAGGACCAGUGAAUUUACCUCCAUCCAUGAACUCUUCCCUUAUACCAUGUCACACUCGGUCAGGGACUACAAGCCAAAAACAGCCAAGCAUGACAGUCCCUUUACCUUAAGAGUUCCUUCAGAGACGACCAAGGAUAUCAACAGCCAAGAAGUAAAUCCAAACAUCUCAGGGAAGGACUCAUCAUCAUCUCAAUUGUCUACAGGAUCGAGUGAGAGUGAUAGUGAGAGCUCAGACGUGGACGGAACUAGUGUGACUGAGACAUCAGUGGACUCAGAUAGCGAGAUCAAGUAUAAGGGAUUCCAAAGUAUCAAGACUUCAGAGCGACAAUUUCCAUCUUACUCCCAGGAUUAUGGACAAGAACUCCACAAGUAUACACCCAAUCACAAAGAUACAUGGAUGUAUGAAAGAUAUGUGAAGAUCAGUGAAGUUUGUCAGACCCCACCAAAGAGAGAAGAAAAAGGAGUGACAACAGGCAGUAUUAUAGAGAACUUAGUGUUCCCUAAGAGUGUGUUUAAGCUGGGCAGUAGUUAUGGAGUAGAACCACCUCCUGUUAACAAGCAGGACCAGGAUAUUUACAACCAUUUUGUUUUCGUUGGUUCCCAUGGUCCAGGGGAACCAAGCAAAAAGGAGAUACAGUUCUACAACAAAUACCUUAACAAGUUUCAUUGACCACAGGAAGUUAAAUUUUAAUGUGAGUGCUGAAGGAAAUACAUGUACAAUAAAACAUCAUUAUCUCCACAAAAAAAAAAACUGGGUGAUCAUUGGUUGCAUGUCCUAAGCAGACCAAAAAUACAGUUUUCUGAAACUUAAUUGAAGCAAGAAAAAACUGGAGAGAUCAAGGGUAGAAAACUUAAGAACAGGAUAUUGGGACUUCAAAAUCACUUGGAUAUAUCAAUGUUCAAAAUAUAGGUGUUAGAGAUACCAAAGUUUAACUGUUAAUGAAGUUUCUCUACAUGUGUUAAGAAGGUAAUACAUUGACAAUCAAGUCAAUUCUAGAAACUCAAUAAGCUUCAGUAGAAUCAUCAGUGGUCUUGGGGGACCUGCUGUGUUUGUGGAUUUUGUUGGUCACAAAUUCCAUGAAUUUACACCCCCACAAACAAAUCUUUUGUCCAUAUUUUUAUCUUUUUUGUAUAUGAGGUACCUUAAAAGAACUAUGUUUCUUUGAACCAACAAAAUUUUGCAUACCCAUAAACAUUGACCCCAAGGAAUUCAAUGACUCCACAGUGUGUGUUGAGAUGCAACAACUUUAAUUUGCUUUAUCUCACCAUUGUACAUGUAAGUGUAGGUUAUAGCCUUGAAGGAAAAAUGUUUUAAUGCAGGCAAUGUGAUUUUUUUUCUUAAAACACAUCAAUAAAUGCUAUUCUGAACCUUGAAUAAGGAAAUCUUAUUUGUAAAUGUUUAACCAAGCUCAGUAUGAGUCUUUUAGUGCCAUAUUGUUUUUAUUUACUUAAGUGUGUGCAAUAUUAAUUAUUGUUAUUUUUAAACAUUUGUUACAAUG